AUGACGGCGCCCUCCCCCACAAGGGGCGACCCCCUUCCGAGCACUGGUUUGGUCUCAAAAAAAACAAACGGCUCUGGUGACAGGAGCCAAAAUGCACUCACGGCUGAGUUCGCCUAUGCUGAUUUAAGUUCGGGUUUAGUCCCAGUGCUUAAACUUAUAGCAGGUUUAGAAGAAGAGCGAGACAUGCAAAUCGACCACGUGCAGUUAGAUGAAUCGAUGGGUAUUGUAAUCUAG